GGCCACAAUCUCUGGUCAUCCCCUGUACUGUGUCCGCAGUCUCUUCUCAUCUCCUGUACUAUGUCCGCAGUCUCCGGUCAUCCCCCGUACUGUGUCCGCAGUCUCCGGUCAUCCCCCGUACUGUGUCCGCAGUCUCCGGUCAUCCCCCGUACUGUGUCCGCAGUCUCCGGUCAUCCCCCGUACUGUGUCCGCAGUCUCCCGGUCAUUUCCCGUACUGUGUCCGCAGUCUCCGGUCAUUUCCCGUACUGUGUCCGCAGUCUCCGGUCAUUUCCCGUACUGUGUCCGCAGUCUCCGGUCAUUUCCCGUACUGUGUCCGCAGUCUCCGGUCAUUUCCCGUACUGUGUCCGCAGUCUCCGGUCAUUUCCCGUACUGUGUCCGCAGUCUCCGGUCAUUUCCCGUACUGUGUCCGCACUCACUGGUCAUUUCCCGUACUGUGUCCGCACUCACUGGUCAUUUCCUGUACUGUGUCCGCACUCACUGGUCAUUUCCUGUACUGUGUCCGCAGUCCAUUGGUUCAGAAUAUUUUUCUUGUUUUUCUCCUCU